AUGUCCACCACCACGUGCCAAGUGGUGGGCUUCCUCCUGUCCCUCCUGGGCCUGGCGGGGUGCAUCGCCGCCACGGGGAUGGACAUGUGGAGCACCCAGGACCUGUACGACAACCCCGUCACCUCCGUGUUCCAGUACGAGGGGCUCUGGCGGAGCUGCGUGAGGCAGAGCUCAGGGUUCACUGAGUGCAGGCCCUACUUCACCAUCCUGGGCCUUCCAGCCAUGCUGCAGGCAGUGCGAGCCCUGAUGAUCGUGGGCAUUGUCCUGGGUGCCAUCGGCCUGCUGGUGUCCAUCUUUGCCCUGAAGUGCAUCCGCAUAGGCAGCAUGGAGGACUCUGCCAAAGCCAAUAUGACACUGACCUCUGGGAUCAUGUUCAUCAUCUCAGGUCUCUGUGCAAUCGCUGGAGUAUCUGUGUUUGCCAACAUGCUGGUUACUAACUUCUGGAUGUCUACAGCGAACAUGUACACUGGGAUGGGUGGGAUGGUGCAGACUGUUCAGACCAGGUACACCUUUGGUUCGGCCCUGUUCGUGGGCUGGGUCGCUGGAGGCCUGACGCUAAUUGGGGGUGUGAUGAUGUGCAUUGCCUGCCGGGGCCUGGUGCCUGAGGAAACCACCUACAAAGCCGUGUCUUAUCAUGCCUCAGGCCACAAUGUCGGCUACAAGCCGGGAGGCUUCAAGGCCAGCACUGGCUUUGGGCCCAACAGCAAAAACAAGAAGAUAUACGAUGGGGGUGCCCGCACAGAGGACGAGGUACAGUCUCAUCCUUCCAAGUACGACUAUGUAUAA